AUGUUGGACUCAUUUGAAAUAUUUACAGUGUCAGGAAUAGUUCUCUGGUCAAAAACAUACAGUCCUAUAAAUCGCGCUAUUGUCAAUAGCUUUAUCACGGAUGUUUUCAUUGAGGAAAGAUCACCGCAAAAUAUCAGAAUAACAAAUGACCUUUCGGCCACAAAGAAUCCAUCAUAUAAACAUAACAAGCAUACUAUUAAAUGGACGACGGUCAAGGAGCUAGGAUUAAUCUUUGUUGCUGUUUACCGUUCUCUGCUACAUCUUACUUGGAUUGAUAAGCUAGUCGAUAAUAUAAAAAUUAUUUUUGUAGAUUUAUACGCUGAUCAGCUUCGAAAUUCUCAUACUACGCUUGUUGAUUGCAAGUUUGAUGCAUACUUUGACCAGCACAUCCAGGAAGUUGAGAAAGCCGCUCCUAGCUCUGAUAUUAAACACCUAAAUUCUAGAUAUCUAGAUGAUGACUAUCGUUUUACGCCAGAUUUGGUUCAAGAAGAAUCAACAGUACUUCCUAGCUUUUUAUUAAGAGGUGAGAUCAAGAGAUCUGUACGCAAGGGUAAUACACUAAAUAUUCAAGAUUCGAUUAAGCCAUCAACAAAAUCCGCGUCAAUUGAAGAAAUACCUUCAUGCAUGAUCAAGCCAUACAUUAAAGUGCCUGAUGGUCACCUAAUCACUGAAAAAAUCGGACGUCCCAGUCGAAGUUCCCGAAAAGCAAGGAGAACAGCAGACACAUCUACGACUUAUGCUUCCAGUGAUGAGAUGCAAUUACAGAAAAGCCGAGCUUCAAAAAACUUGACAGCAAAAAAGGGUCGAAAAUGGGAUGCGAACAACUUACCCGAUGAAGAUGAUGGAUUACCACUCGAUUAUUCGGAGCAUAAUGAUGCCACUCCAAGCAAAAGUGAGAUCCGUAUAGAGGAUAGAGCCAUUGCGAAAUCAGACAAGGAAUCUUGGGGGCGAACAACUGAUAAUGGACGAUUUGUAUUGAAGGACUUAGAUGAUCAGAUAACAUCUAUCCUUAAUUCUGAUAAUUGCAAAGAGAAUAACACAACUAUUCAUAAUGGAAUUUUGGGAUCAAGCUUUAAUACAAUAAAAGGGCUCGUCAGAAAUGUCGUAGGAGGCAAAACACUUACCAAGGAAAACUUGCAUAAGUUUAUGAAAGAGAUGGAAGAUCAUUUACUCCGGAAAAACGUCGCUCGCGAAGCAGUACUUCGAUUAUGUGAAGGGGUGGAAACAGAGCUAAUUGGACUGAAGACUGGAAACUUUGAGAGCGUCCAGUCUAGAAUUAACACUGCUAUGGAAUCAUCCCUGAAAAAAAUACUGACCCCUACCUCAUCAUUGAACCUCAUUAGAGAAAUAGACGCAGUUACAAAACCGUCAAGCAUUUUGAUGCAAAAAAAAAGACCCUACGUUAUGUCUAUAGUUGGUGUGAACGGUGUAGGAAAGUCGACGAACUUAUCAAAAAUUUGUUAUUUCCUUCUACAGAAUAAGUAUAAGGUUCUAGUCGUUGCCGGUGAUACCUUUAGAUCAGGAGCUGUUGAACAACUGGCAGUACACGUGAGGAACCUCCAAGAAUUAACUGAGCGGGAAGGUGGUGAAGUAAAACUCUAUCAGAAAGGGUAUGGGAAAGAUGCUGCGAACGUUGCGAGGGAUGCUAUCACGUUUGCAACUCAGGAAGAAUUUGACGUUGUGUUAAUUGACACUGCAGGACGUAGGCACAAUGAUCAGCGACUCAUGUCUUCGCUUGAGAAGUUUGCAAAGUUCGCUAAUCCUGAUAAAAUUCUCAUGGUUGCGGAGGCGUUGGUUGGAACAGAUUCCGUAGCCCAGGCACGAAACUUUAAUGACGCUUUUGGCAAUGGUCGAGCCCUUGAUGGCUUCAUCAUCUCCAAGUGUGACACAGUUGGUGACAUGAUAGGUACAGUAGUCAGUAUGGUGCACGCUACCAGUGUGCCGGUGUUAUUUGUCGGAGUUGGGCAGCACUACAGUGACCUGAGAAAUUUAUCAGUCAAGUGGGCGGUAGAGAAGCUGCUUAGUAGUAAUUAA